CCAACUCGUCAACCAACCGCUCAACCAACCAACUCGUCAACCAACCGCUCGACCUCCAUCGACCCUCAACCCCCCCCAUCCCACGCAUCGACCAUGCCGGGCUUCGACAAGAACUCCACGUUCAUCCCGCCCACCUACAACGCCACGUCGAGCGCCGUCGUCUUCACGGUCGGCGUCUCGGGCAACAUCAUCGCCCUGGCGCUGCUCCUGUCGGCGCGUCGCGCCACCAAGCGCACCGCCUUCUACGCCCUCGUCUUCGGCCUGACGCUCACCGACCUCCUGGGCUCUUCGCUCACGGGGCCCGUGCCUCUCACCGCCUACGCCCACAACAAGACGGUGGUGGCUCUCGGAGGGCACGCUCUGUGCGGCUACCUCAGCUUCAUGCUGCUCUUCUUCGGCGUGGCCACGCUCGCCAUCCUCUGCGCGAUGGCCGUCGAGCGCUACCUCUCCAUCGGCCACCCGUACCUGUACGAGCGCGUGGUGCGGCGCGCGUCCGCGUGGACUGCGAUCCGCCUCUCCUACCUGCUCAGCCUGGCACUCUGCCUGCCCCCCUUGCUGGGCUUCGGGCAGGUGAAGCUCUACGAGCCGGGCACGUGGUGCUACGUGGACAUGAAGGCGAGCGGAGGCUGGGACGCUGCCUACUCCGUGCUCUACGCGGCCAUCCUCGCCGCGCUCUGCCUCACCAUCAUCGUGUGCAACGCGUCGGUGAUGCACGGACUCCUGAAGAUGAUGAACAGGAAGAGGAAGCGGAGCCUCCACGCGGCACCUGCCUGCGGCAACGCAGCGCCUCGCUUUUUGAAGCAGCAGCAGCAGAAUCAGCAGCAGCAGCAGAAUGAGAAUGAGGAGGACGAGAGCCAUCAGGUGGGACGGCACGUGCCGGUGGCGGCGCGGGUCUCGUCGAGCCGCAGGAGGAUCCUGCGGGGAGAGGAGGCGAACAACCUCGUCCUGCUGGUGCUCAUCACCAUCACGUCGCUCACCUGCACCAUCCCGCUCACGAUCCGCGCCUUCAUCAACGCGAGCGGCGCUCCGGCCAACGAGGCCCUGGACCUGCUCGGCCUGCGCAUGUACACCAUCACGCCCAUCCUCGACCCCUGGAUAUACAUCUUCUGUCGCAAGUCGCUGUGCCGGCGGCUCUGCGGCCGCUGGGCCGGCUCCCGCAGCUCCCGCAGCUCCGGCAGCUCCGGCGGCGGCGUCGGACGCGGGGGCCGCCUCUGCGGCGACGCGUCUCGACGCCGGCGGCGGCUCAGCGGCUUCGAGCCCGAUCGAGAGAGGACGGACGCGGCGCCCUCGGUCGUCGCCGCCGAUCGCUCGCCGUGCUCCACCUCGUCGCCGUCGCUGGGGCCGAGGGGCGAGAGGUACCGGCAGCAGCCACAGCAGCAGCAGCCGCAGCAGCAGCCUCUCAUCAACGGAGGGGCCCCGAAAGCUCCAGAGGGGCCCGCGGCGGCGUCACCGCCGCCGCCGACGGUGACGCCGAGCGGAGGAGCCGCCGCGGUGGCCGCGACCGGUGGCGCCGCUCGCCCAAACGCCGCUCCCGCCCCCGCCCCCGCCGCCACCGCAUCGCUCAACCGCCGCCACUGCCUUAGCGACAGCCGCCGUGACGACGAUAGCUACGACGACGGUGACGACGGCCAGCAGUGGUAA